AUGAUGUUUGCUCAAGUAGCUGCUGCAAGACUGCCCGCUAAAACAGUGUUUUAUUCUAGGCACAGUUUCCAAGCAAUCAAGCCUGUCUUGACAUUUUCCAUACCAAGAUUGUAUUCCAACUUGCCUCAAUCACAGGACAAGGAUGAGUAUGAAUCGGUUAAUGUUCCUCCACUUAGAAGGGAUACCACAUCACCACAAGUAUAUGGCCGAAUUAAACAGAUCCUUGCUAGUACCAUGAGUGUUACUGCUGGGUUAGAUUCCACACCUGAUCAUAUUGAGGCACUAAAACGUGCACAAUUGGCACUACGCAAAAAUAAGUACCCACGUAUUCCUGAAGAAGGCGAGGUGAUUGAAGCACGUCCCAACUAUUUGAGUCGUUUGGCUGCAGAUGGAGGCAACAAGAUUUUGAGGCUCAAGCACAGCUAUAUUCAUGUGGAUUUUACACGAUUUAUUGAACUGUGUACUAAUAUUCAAGCUGAUAUUACUGCAAGAGAUGGCGAGGUUAUUUUAUCCAAGGAAAUCAAACAAAAGUUUUUGCGGGGCCGUGGUCGAUAUGGAGCUACACCACAUAUCAAGACAGCGUUGCUUAAAAUCGUGUUACAAGAGCGUGAAAAGCCAUUUGAUGUCCGCCACAAUGAUCCUUUGGAAUGGAUUCGCUGUCGUUUGAGAAAGGUACACAAGGAAUUUACUCCCAGUGCCGAAGAGCUGUAUACCAAGAUUCGUAAAGAAUGUCCGGUGAAGCCUAUAUAUGUUUAA